AUGAGUUCUAACAGUAAGGACAAAUUUUUAGAGGAGGCCCAUAAGGCCAUCGAUGAAAUUAAGGGUUACUUUGCAUCCAACCCCAACGGAAAACUAUCUUCGAAAGAGAACUUGCGUUAUGUCACUGAACGGUUUAACAGAGUAAUUAACCUAGCAAGUAUAGCUAUUGAGGGCAACAACAUCUCGGACAAAUUAGAUAAGAGGCUAACCUCCCUAGCUACUAAGGAGGACAUAAAGAGAAUAAUAUCAGAACACCAAGAUAGAGUAUCAACCUCAAUUACAGAGGUUAAAAACGAAAUAAGCAGCAUAGAGAAAACCAUAGCUAAAGAAAAACAGUCCGGAAAAGAAAGCUCUAACUCCAGGUACAGUGACGUGCUUAAACAAGGGAUCCCUAACCCCCCAACUACCGCCUCCUAUACUCCCCCACCUAGCUACUCUGUGCUAGUUUAUAGCAACAACGACAGAAACACCUCAGAGCAAACAAGAGAGCUACUAAUGAAGAAGAUAUCACCACGCUCACUGGGGGUUGGUAUCAGACGGUUGAGAAAUAUUGGCGAAGGCGGCAUUGCAAUAGACUGUACCACAGAUGACGGAGCGCGGUUAUUAGACGCAGAAAUCUCCAAACAGAGAGAUAUUGGUUCGAGAUACGAAGAGAAAAACUUCCCACUAGUGAAAAUAGCCAACGUCCCCAAAUCUAUCGAAAGCAGCGAAAUCCAACAAUGUGUCUACCAACAAAAUGAGAGUAUUAAGAACUUGUACAGCGAGAGGCAAUUCCACGACAAAGUCAAAGUGAAAUUUCCCAUGAGUCAAAGAAACAAAGAAUACACUUCGUGGAUCAUUGAGGUACCACCACCCUUAAGAGUACUGCUUAUAAAAGAGAAAAGAGUGAACCUAAACUGGAGUAGAUGCCCAGUCUACGACUAUCUGCCAGUGAUUCAGUGCUUCAAGUGCCUAGCUUUCGGCCACAGAGCAAGAACCUGCAAUGAAGAAAACAAUUCUUGUAGCCACUGCGGAGACAAACAUCUACUAAAGGACUGCACAAGAAAACAAGACCCGCCUAGCUGUGUAAAUUGCUGCAGAGCAAAACACCCAGCUAAAGACCACAACUCCAUGAGUAACAACUGCCCUAUGCUCCUGAAAGCCAAAAAAGAAAUCGCACGUAGAUACGACUACACCACUUAG